AUGGACGUAGGCCUGUUCUACGCCUUCGGCCAGUGCUCGCUGAAGAUGGAGGCGUGGCACCACAUGGGGCGGGACUUCGAGCUCAGGGACGAGGCGGCGAAGACGGUCUGGCCAGAGUACGAGAGGCUUGCCAUGCGGAACCUUGGGAGCAACGAGAAGUGGGUGCCCUGGCACACGGUCCUGGGCGUGCACGAGCUCUUCCUCGUCAAGUCCGUGCACGGGGCCAGCGUGCCGUGGUGGACGGACUACCACCGCUUCGUUGCCAUGUUCUUGUUCCGCUGCCAUUGCAAGAUGGACCUCUUCCUGGAGGUCCAGAUGCCGCACCUCUCAAAGAAAGCAUUCUGGCACGACUUGGAGGCGAGCUUCGCGCCAGACUCCCAGAUGGAGAAGGACAUUGCCACGUUCCGCUCUUCCACUGGCAAGGCGCUGCAGACCGCCUGUUUCUUGAUAAUCCCAGAGCGGUUGCUCAAGGACGACGACGCGAACCUCAUCCGCAACAUAGUCUUGCGAUCACAGCGACUGAUCGGCUUGGCCAACCACUUAUGGCCUCUGGUGAACGACGUGAAGACCAGCGUCAACGAGAAGUACGACGCAAUCAAGGAGGCCAUCCGCGGCGUGAGGAACCUGGGCGACACCUGGGUGAAGAUGCUGAUGGUCUGCAUGGACAUCUGCCUGCCCAGGCUGGGGCUCCUCAGCACCCGGUGCGAGGUGGGCGUGGGUGCCGCCGACCCGCUGCGGAAGUUGCUGGUGGGCACGGGCCUCGCGGACCGGGGGCCCGCCGGCGAGGCGGUCCGGGUGGAGGUCAGCCUGCGUGCCGGCGCGCAUGCCGUCGCCGAGGAGCUGAGGAAGUUAGCGGUGGCGCGGGGCUUGCAGCGGGAGGACCAGGAGGUCCUGAGCAAGAGGAGGCAGGAGCUGUUCGCCGAUGCCUCCCUCGAGGUGCCGAAGCUCGACCUGGACGCGAAGCGCGAGGAGCUCAUCGCAGGGGGAGUCCCCCCGCCGCGGAAGCGGGAGGGGGCCAGCCCCAGCGACGCGCUGAUGGCGCUCGGCGCUCGCAUCAACGAGUCAGACGUCCCCUCGGCGAGGCACUUCUGGAAGCUCCUGGCCGAGGUCGAGGAGCACGGCAGGAAGCACUUCGGAAACUGCCCCUUGAUCGUCGCGCAGAUGAAGACCGAGGCCGGGGCCAUCCACGCCGCCACCCUCCAGGUCCAGCUCUGCGAGUUCCGGCAGUUCGAGAGCUUCCUGCGGCAGCCCGCCGGCAAGCGGCCGCGGGCCGACGGCGGCCGGGCGGAGGCCGCGGCAGAGGGCGGCGGCGAGCCGCGGCAGGCGAGGAGGCCCCGCGCGCGCGGCGGGCCGGCGCCCCGGAAGCGGCCGGCGGCGGCCCGGGGGCCUCUGGGCGGCAGCCGCGAG